AUGUUUAAGGGGCUGAGCAAAGGCGCCCAUGGGAAGGGGUCCCCCAAGGGCUCCCCAGCCAAGGGCUCCUCGGCCAAGGGCUCCCCCAGCAAGCACAGCAGGGCUGCCACCCAGGAACUGGCCCUGCUCAUCUCCCGCAUGCAAGCCAACGCCGACCAGGUGGAGAGGGACAUCCUAGAGACCCAGAGAAGGCUGCAGCAGGACCGGCUGAACAGCCAGCAGAACCGGGCCCUGCAGCACCAGCAGGAGACCAGCCGCAGCCUGAAGGAGGCCGAGGUGCUGCUCAAGGACCUCUUCCUGGACGUGGACAAGGCCCGGCGGCUCAAGCACCCGCAGGCCGAGGAGAUUGAGAAGGACAUCAAGCAGCUGCACGAGCGGGUGACCCAGGAGUGCGCCGAGUACCGCGCCCUGUACGAGAAGAUGGUGCUGCCGCCCGACGUGGGGCCCAGGGUGGACUGGGCACGCGUGCUGGAGCAGAAGCAGAAGCAGGUCUGUGACGGCCGGUACGGGCCGGGCAUGGCGGAGCUGGAGCAGCAGGUCGCCGAGCACAACAUCCUGCAGCGGGAGAUCGAGGCCUACGGGCAGCAGCUGCGGAGCCUCGCGGGCCUGGACGCCGGCACCAUCCGGAGCCAAUACGGAGACCUCCUGAAGGCGGCCUCGUGGCGCGGGCAGAGCCUGGGCAGCCUGUACACGCACCUGCAGGGCUGCACGCGGCAGCUGGGCGCCCUGGCCCAGCAGCAGCGCCGCAUCCUGGAGCAGGACUGGAGCGACCUCAUGGCUGACCCCGCGGGCGUGCGGCGGGAGUACGAGCACUUCAAACAGCACGAGCUGCUGAGCCAGGAGCAGAACGUGAACCAGCUGCAGGACGAUGGGGAGCGCAUGGCAGCGCUCGGGCACCCGGCCGCGGGGCCCAUCCAGGCCCACCAGGAGGCCCUGAAGACGGAGUGGCAGAACUUCCUGAACCUGUGCAUCUCCCAGGAGAGCCACCUGCAGCACGUCGAGGACUACCGCCGGUUCCAGGAAGAGGCCGACUCGGUCAGCCAGACCCUGGAGAAGCUCAACUCGAACUUGGACACCAAGUACAGGCCAGCCCCUGGGGACCCCCUUGGUGCCCCCACAGAGCUGCUGCGACAGCUGGAGGCGGAGGAGAAGCAGCUGGCUGUGGCGGAGAGGACCAUUGGGGAGCUACAGAAGAAGUGCCAGGAGGUGGCCCCCCUGCCGCAGCGCAGGAGCCCACCCCAGCAGACCCUGCGCGUGGACAGCAUCUGUGACUGGGACUCAGGAGAAGUGCAGCUGCAGCAGGGGGAGCAGUACACGCUGAUGGACAACACCGACCCACACACCUGGGUCGUGCGGGGCCCUGGUGGGGAGAUCAAGAGCGCGCCCGCUGCCUGCUUCUGCAUCCCAGCGCCGGACCCUGAAGCCGUGGCCAGGGCCUCCAGCCUGGCCUCGGAGCUGCAGACCCUGAAGCAGAAGUUGGCCACAGUCCAGAACGACGUGAAGUCCAGCGCUGAGGAGCCCCUGCGGCCUGGCCAGCAGGGUACCCGGGCUGCCUGGUCGGGGAGCGUUGUUGGGAGAAAGGGGACAGGCCCUUGGCCCUCACCAGCACCUCUGCCCUCAGCUCCAGCUGGCUCGGCCCCAGUUGACCCACAGGCCCAGAAGCUCCUGACACGGAUGACCCAGCUGGACACGGACCUGGGAGAGAUAGAGCGGCAGGUGCUGGGCUGGGCCCGGGCCCCGCUGAGCCGCACUGCCCCGCUGGAGGACCUAGAGGGUCGCAUCCACAGUCACAAGGGCACGGCCCAGCGCCUGCAGGGCCUGGGAGCCGAGAAGGAGGCGGCCCAGCUGGAGUGUGAGGAGUUGCUGAGGGCCCAGCCCGUGGGCCCCGCCGCCCUGCAGCUGCCCGUGGCCCUCAACAGCGUCAAGAACAAGUACAGCGACGUGCAGGUGCUGUGCCACCUGUACAGGGACAAAGCCAAGGCUGCCCUGGGUCUGGAGCGGCAGAUCCGGGACACGGACAAGGUCAUCCAGGGCUUCGAGUUGGCUCUGGCGCAGGAGACCCCCCUCUCCGGGGACCCCGGGGCGCUGCAGGAGAGGGUCGUGGAGCUGCAGCGCCAGCGGAGGGCGCUGCUGGAGCAGCAGGCCUGCGUGCUGGGCUUGCACCGGGAGCUCAAGGCCACGGAGCACGCGUGCAGUGCGCUGCAGAACAACUUCCAGGAGUUCUGCCAAGACCUGCCGCGCCAGCAGCGCCAGGUGCGGGUGCUUACCGACCGCUACCACGCCGUGGGGGACCAGCUGGACCUGCGGGAGAAGAUGGUGCAGGACGCCGGCCUCACCUACCAGCGGUUCAAGAACUGCAGGGACAGCCUGAGCUCCUGGCUGGAGCACCUGCCCCAGAACCAGGUGCGACCGGGCGACGGACCCAGCCAGGUGGCCUACAAGCUGCAAGCGCAGAAGAGGCUGGUACAGGAGAUCCAAGGCCGGCAGCAGGACAGCGCCACCGUGUCCCGCCUCGCCCAGGACCUGCAGGCGGCUCUCCAGGACUAUGAGCUGCAGGCAGACACCUACCGCUGCUCCCUGGAGCCCGCCCUGGCAGUGUCGGCCCCCAAGAAGCCCCGAGUGGCCCCCCUGCAGGACAGCGUCCAGGCCCAGGAGAAGGACCUGGCCAAGGCCUACACCGAGGUUGCAGCCGCACAGCAGCAGCAGCUGCAGCAGCUGGAGUUUGCUAGAAAGAUGCUGGAGAAGAAGGAGCUCAGUGAGGACAUCCAGGCGAGCCGCGAGGUCACGCUGGCGUCCGAGAGCCCGGCUCAGGCCGGGAGGGAGUCGGAGACGCUGAGGUCGCAGCUGCAGGAGGAGAGGCAGCGGGUGGCCCGGGUGCAGCGCGAGCUGGAGGAGCAGCAGGCGCAGCUGCUGCGGCUGAGGACCCAGCCGCCGGUGGAGAGGCUGGAGGAGAGGGAGGUGGUGGAGUUCUACCGGGACCCGCAGCUGGAGAGCAGCCUGGCCAGGGUGCAGGCCCAGGUGGAGGAGGAGGGCAGGAGGCGGGCCGGCCUGCAGGCAGAGCUGGAGGCCACGGCGCAGACGCUCGCCCGGCUACAGAGCGAGAGUAAGGCAAGGCAGCCCCAUCUGCUGACCAAGGAGGUCACCCGCGUCGAGCGGGACCCCAGCCUGGACGGCCAGGCGGCCCAGCUGGGCGUCGAGAUCCAGCAGGUGCGGGAGGAGAGCGGCGUCGUGGGCGCCCGGCUGGCCGCGCUGAAGGAGGAGCUGCUGGCCCUGGAGCGGCGGGAGGCCGCCGUGAAGGAGACGGUGGUGGUGAAGGAAGUGGUCAAGGUGGAGAGGGACCCGGAAAUGGCGCAGGCGGCCGGGGCCCUGAGGCUGCAGGUCCAGGAGGAGGCGGCGCGCAGGAAGGGCGCAGAGGAGGCCGCGGCGGGGCUGCGGGCCCGCAUCGCCGACCUGGAGCGGGCCAUCGGCGCGGUGGAGCCCAAGGUCAUUGUGAAGGAGGUGAAGACGGUGGAGCAGGACCCGGGGCUGCUGGAGGAGUCCUCCCGGCUCAGGAGCCUCCUGCAGGAGGAGAGGAGCAGGAACGCGGCGCUGGCCCGGGAGCUGCAGGAGCUGCGGAACCGGCACAGCGCGGCUGCGGCGCAGAAGCCGCAGGUGCAGCUCCAGGAGCGCGUGCACGAGAUCCUCCGCGUGGACCCGGAGACGGAGCAGGAGAUCGCGCGGCUCCGGGCCCAGCUGCAGGAGACGGCGGGCCGGAGGAGCCGCGUGGAGGAGGAGGUGGAGCGGCUGCUGCCCGAGCUGGCCGUCCUGCGGGCCCAGAAGCCCGCGGUGGAGUACCGGGAGGUGACCCAGGAGGUGGUGAGGCACGAGAAGAACCCCGAGGUGCUGCGCGAGAUCGACCGGCUCAAGGCGCAGCUCAACGAGCUGGUCAACGCCAACGGGCGUGCCCAGGAGCAGCUCAUCCGGCUGCAGGGCGAGCGCGACGCGUGGAGGCGCGAGCGGGCCAAGGUGGAGACCAAGACGGUGACCAAGGAGGUGGUGCGCCACGAGAAGGACCCGGUCCUGGAGAAGGAGGCCGGGCGGCUCCGCCAGGAGCUGCGGGAGGCGGCCCAGAAGCGCCGGGCCGCCGAGGACGCGCUCCACGAGCUGCAGAACAAGUACCUGCUGCUGGGGAGGCGGCGGCCCGAGGAGAAGCUGGUGGUGCAGGAGGUGGUGGUGGCGCAGAAGGACCCGCGGCUGCGCGAGGACCACAGCCGGCUGAGCCGCAGCCUGGAUGAGGAGGCUGGCCGCCGGCGGCAGCUGGAGCGCGAGGUGCAGCAGCUGCGGGCCGCCGUGGAGGAGCAGGAGGGGCUGCUCAGCUUCGGGGAGGACCGCGGCAAGAAGCUGGCCGUGGAGCGGGAGCUGCGCAGGCUGACCCUGCGCCUCCAGGAGCUGGAGCAGCGGCCCCGCGCCGGCCCGGAGAGGAUCAUCACGGAGGAGCUGGUGAAGCUGGAGAAGGACCCGGAGGUGGAGAAGUCGGCCGAAGCCCUGCGCCGGGACCUGCAGCGCGAGCAGGCCCGGGGGGCCGAGCUGCGCCGGGAGUCGCAGGGCCUGCAGGUCCGCAUCGACGUGCUGCGGACGGCCAAGUCGCAGGAGAAGACCAUCUACAAGGAGGUGAUCAGGGUGGAGAAGGACCGGGCACUGGAGGGCGAGCGGGCGCGUGCCUGGGAGGCGCUCAGCAGGGCGCGCUCGGCCCGCCAGGCCCGGGAGGAGGAGGCGCAGCGCCUGCGGGAGCGCGUGGACAGGGCCGAGGCGCUGGGGCGGACCUGGUCGCAGGAGGAGGCCAAGCUGCAGGAGGCCCGGGAGCAGGCGAGCCAGGAGUGUGGGCGGCUGCGGCAGCAGCUGCGAGAGCUGGAGCAGCAGGCGCUGCGGCUGCAGGAGGAGGCAAAGACGGAGAGCGAGAAGGCGGAGAGCGGGCGGCAGCAGGCGGCCCAGCGGGGCCGGGCGCUGUCGCAGCUCGAGGCGGCCAUCCUGCGGCAGAAAGACCAGCUGCACGAGAAGGAGAGGACCCUCCGCGACCUGCAGGCCAGGCUGAGCCGCGAGGAGCUCAGCCAGGAGACCCAGACGCGCGAGACCAACCUUUCCACCAGGAUCUGCAUCUUGGAGCCAGAGACGGGCGCCGACAUGUCCCCGUACGAGGCCUACAAGAGGGGCGUCAUCGACCGCGGCCAGUACCUGCAGCUGCAGGAGCUGGAGUGUGACUGGGAGGAGGUCACCACCUCGGGCCCCUGUGGGGAGGAGUCUGUGCUGCGGGACCGCAAGAGCGGGAAGCAGUACUCCAUCGAGGCCGCCCUGCGCUGCCGGCGCAUCUCCAAGGAGGAGUUCCACCUGUACCGCGACGGCCGCCUCCCCAUCUCCGAGUUCGCGCUGCUCGUGGCCGGUGAGACCAAGCCCUGCUCCUCGCUCUCCAUCGGCGCCAUCAUCUCCAAGUCCCCGCUUGCCUCCCCCGGCUUCUCUUUCGGGCUCGCCGACGACAGCUUCCCCAUCGCCGGGGUCUACGACACCACCACGGACAACAAGUGCAGCAUCAAGACGGCCGUGGCCAAGAACAUGCUGGACCCCAUCACGGGGCAGAAGCUGCUGGAGGCCCAGGCGGCCACGGGGGGCAUCGUGGACCUGCUGAGCCGCGAGCGCUACUCUGUGCACAAGGCAGUGGAGAGGGGGCUGAUCGAGAACACGGCCACGCAGCGGCUGCUCAACGCCCAGAAGGCCUUCACGGGCAUCGAGGACCCCGUCUCCAAGAAGCGGCUGUCGGUGGGCGAGGCCGUGCAGAAAGGCUGGGUGCCCCAGGAGAGCGUGCUCCCCCACCUGCAGGUGCAGCACCUGACGGGGGGCCUCAUCGACCCCAAGAGGACGGGCCGCAUCCCCGUCCCACAGGCCGUGCUCUGCGGGAUGAUCAGCGAGGAGCUGGCCCGGCUCCUGCAGGAUGAGUCCAGCUACGAGAAGGAUCUGACCGACCCCAUCUCCAAGGAGCGGCUGAGCUACAAGGAGGCCAUGGGGCGCUGCCGCAGGGACCCCCUGAGCGGCCUGCUGCUGCUCCCUGCCGCACUGGAGGGGUACCGCUGCUUCCGCGUGGCCUCCCCCAGCCUGCCACGCGCCCUGCGCUGA